AUGUUGCAAGAGAAUGUGGCACUGUUUGCGUGUCUCUGCGCAUGUGCAGCGGUAUUCUUGCCACUGGCUGUGGCACGCAGCUACAGCAAUGGACUGAUCUUCUAUGAGCUUGCCACAAACACAGCGUACUUGCCACCAACGGUGAGCGUGUCACGUGGCCGCAACUUGGCCAGCGUCAAAUACUCGGAGAAGGGUUCAAUAUGGUCGACCUUCGGCCAGCCGUGUGUGUGCCGCGGUGUGGCAUGCGGCUGUUGUGCCGGCCUCAAGGUCGAUCAAUACAAGUUCGAUCAGAAAGUUUGCGCGAACAUUACAUUCGUGCCACAACUGGAGGAGGCACAACUGGAGGUCUUUCUGAACGAGCGACCCUCAUCCAAAUAUGGCAUCUCUUUGCGCAAUCCCACGCCCUUCUGCAUACCCGUGAUGAUGGGCGUGCCCAUGGCCAUGUGCGUUCAGCUAACCGAUAUUGCCAUGGUCAACAACAAUCUCAACAUGUGCAUGGACUUUGUGGUCCGUCUGGCGACAACGGAUCUCUUCGAGAUGCAUUUCCAGUGCAUGAGAAUGGGACUCAAUGGACUGCAAUAUGUGGAUAAGAACGGGAAACCCGUGUUGCCGCCACCAGCGACGGAUCUUCUGGCGGAUGAGGAGGAGGACCAGGAGCAUGAGCAGGAUCUGGAGGAGGAGCAGGACCAGGAGCAGAAGCAGCAGGCGGAUGAAAAGGAGCAGAUUGAGGAGGAGAAGGAUUCAAUUGAUUAUGAUUAUGCAGAGUUGCAAGAGGAGCAGCAGCAAGAGGAGAUGGAGGCGGAUCAGGAGGAGUUGCUAAAGAAGGAGCAGCAGGAAAAGGAAAAAAAGGAACAGGAGGAGUUAGAAAAACAGGAGAAAGAAAAACAGGAAAAGGAAAAACAGGAAAAGGAGCAGCUGGAAAAAGAGCAACUGGCAGAAGAGCUUCAAAAGGAGAAGCUGCAGCUAAUGCAACUGGCAGAGGAGAUGGAGAGUGAGACGCAACAAAAGCUGGAGGCGGAGGCGGAGUCCGAUUUGGAGUCGGAGUCGGAGCUAGAGCCAGAGCCACUGCCCAUUGAAAGUGAAAUGCUAAUGGCGGGAGAUCAAGAGGCGGCAACAGCUGACGAUGAGGAGCUCAAAGAGGAGGAAGAGGAGGAGCAAGAAGAAGCUGAAACAGUGGAGGAAAAUCAUAAUGUGCAGGGUCAGGAGCAAGAGGAGCAACAACUAGCUGAUAAUAUUGCUGGCGAGAGUGAAUUGCAACUAAACGAAGUUGGCAGCAAUACAACAGCAGCAACAACAGAG